AUGCCUCCAGCACCACCGGACCAGAAGCCCUGCCACGCGCAGCCCGCGCCCUACCUGGCCCUCAGUGAAACUAUACUCUUUGGAAGUCUCGACGAGGAGCGCUGGUGGCAUAGCACCGCGCCCAUCCUCUCAAGGCUCCUCAUAUCCUCCAACUACGAUGUUGACGUGCAAUACAAAUACCUGUCGCUGUAUCGACACCUGGUCCUCCCGGCCCUGGGCCUCUACCCACAGCGUGACCCAGAAACGGGGAUCAUUGCGACCCAAUGGCGCAGUGGAAUGGUUCUUACCGGGUUGCCCAUCGAGUUCAGCAACAACGUCGCCCGGGCAUUGAUUCGCAUUGGGGUCGAUCCCGUCACGGCUGACUCUGGCACCGCACAAGAUCCGUUCAACACCACCCGUCCGAAGGGCUAUCUGGAGACCGCCGCCCGGCUCCUGCCGGGGGUUGACCUGACACGCUUCUACGAGUUCGAGACCGAGCUGGUGAUCACCAAGGCAGAGGAGGCCGUCCUCCAAGCCAACCCGGACCUGUUCAAGAGCCCCUGGAAAUCGCAGAUCCUCACCGCCAUGGACCUGCAGAAAUCCGGGACAGUCCUGCUCAAGGCGUAUUUCUACCCGCAGCCCAAAUCUGCAGUGACUGGCCGCUCGACGGAGGAGCUUCUCGUCAACGCCAUCCGCAAGGUAGAUCGGGAGUCGCGCUUCGAGACGCAGCUGGCCAAUCUGGAACGGUACAUGGAGCGGCGUCGCCAGGGCCUACAUGUCCCAGUCGUCACGGCAGACAAGCCCCCGCCCACCGAAGCAGACAAGACGUUCGACGCGUGUUCGUUCUUCCCUCAUUUUCUGUCCACCGACCUGGUCGAACCCGGCAAAUCGCGGGUGAAGUUCUAUGCUAGCGAGCGGCAUGUAGAUCUGAAGAUGGUGGAGGAUAUCUGGACCUUUGGGGGCCUUCGAAGAGAUCCGGAUGCACUCACGGGUCUGGAACUGCUCAGGCACUUCUGGGCUGAUAUCCAGAUGCGCGAGGGUUACUAUACCAUGCCGCGGGGCUUCUGCGAGCUUGGAAAGUCGUCGGCCGGAUUCGAGGCGCCCAUGAUGUUCCACUUCCAUCUGGACGGCAGUCGGUCGCCAUUUCCUGAUCCCCAGAUGUAUGUCUGUGUGUUUGGGAUGAACUCGCGGAAGCUUGUUGAGGGGCUAACUACCUUCUACCGGAGGCUUGGCUGGGAGGAUAUGGCCCGUCACUACCAGGGGAAUUUUCUAGCGAAUUACCCCGGUGAGGAGCUCGAGAAGGCCGCGCACCUUUGCGCAUAUGUCUCCUUUGCCUACAAGGACGGCGGUGCCUACGUGACGCUCUACAACCACAGUUUCAAUCCUGUCGGGGACCUGGCGCCUGCCAAUUGA